AUGGCACAGGAGUUUACCGCUCGUCUUCUAUCGAAAUUCAGAGUCCACAACCCACAUAUCCGAUUUACACCUAUCGAAUCGGGUCUCGUUAUUCAUUAUCUCUCAGAACAAAAGCUAUUUCCCACCGAAUUAGUCACCAGGGAGCAAUUGAUUAGCUGUCGGAUUGCCGGUACCAUACCAGAGUCCUCCCAUGCACGCACAGCUGAAUUAAUUUACUAUCAGAAGCAAAGUAGUCUGGAUGAAAGCAGGAAUUAUACAGGACUUGCACUCCGGAGACGAAAAAUGCUCCUGUUGUUUACCAGUUAUUCUUCUGCAAGGCAGUUUGUACACAAUGUACGGGAAGUGUUUCUAAGGAACACUGCUCGAAAACCGUAUGUGUUCUUUCUGAACCCACGCAGUGGAUCGGGCAAAGCUUUCAAGAUAUUCCAUAAACACGUGGUACCGACUUUAGUACGACUCAGCAUCCCGUUUGCCGUCUUCCAAACGCAACACGCUGGCGAUGUUGAACAAUGGGUAAAGACCCGAUCUGACGCUGAUUUAUCCAGCUACCGUGCGCUCGUGACAGUUUCCGGUGACGGUCUGUUAUUCGAAGUGAUCAAUGGUCUGGCUAGUCGCCCACAGUCCGAUUUCAACAUUCCUAUUGGUGUCGUUCCCGCUGGUGGUGGAAACGCUACUGCAGGAGCAGUGUGUUAUUAUUCUGGACUGGCCUUCAGGCACGGUUGCCUGCGUCAUUCAGUGUUCAUUCUCAGUCAUCCCGAACCUUCGCCAACCGAUAAUCCCAUGGAAAACCUCCAUUUGAUCAACAGGGGGCUGAUACCGCCAAAGCCAUCUGAACAACACGCUUCAGCCCGUGACUCGUUUUUUCAACAAGUCAUCACUCCUUUGGACGGCAUAGUCUUUGAGAGUAUGGAUGGCAAGUCCAGGCGCUUUGGUAUACUGUCCAUCAAUUGGGGAGGCUUUGCCGAGUUGGACGUGAGAAGCGAGCGGUUUCGUUGGAUGGGUGGCGCACGAUUCGUGGCGGCUGGUGUUUGCUCACUACUUAAGCGGCGCUUUCAUCCAGCUACAGUCUACUACCUCCCAGGAGCGAAUGGUUCCAGUAGUUCUCAAGCACACUCAGAGAACAGGAACUCCUCCGGUGACCAUAACAUGCCCCUACCAGUAGCGGCGAAUGGGAAUGGCAUUGCACUACAAAGGUCCUCAAAUCAUCGUUUUCUUCCAGAACCUGAUCAACCCAUCCCGAACGGCUGGACUCAAGUCUCUGGCAACUUCUGGUGUAUCAUGGUAUUGAAUCAUUCCCAUAUUCUGACAAAUGGGAUCAUGUUCCCUGAGGCAAGAUUUCACGAUGGUCAGAUGCGCUUGGUCCUGAUCAAUGACACCUUGGACCUCCGGGGGCACAUCCAGUUGGUCAGGGAUAUGAAUAGUGAUCGAGGUCUGGUUGAUACGACCUACAUGAAAAUCAUUCCCGUUCUGGCAGUCCGUGUUCUGCCUGCAAAAUCGUCAAUGACAUAUACUCUUUUGGAUGGUGAACCUAUCUGCUGUCAAGCCUUUCAAGCCGAAGUGCAGAACGCGCGAUUCCAAAUCCUCACGUGCGCUGAUACCGAGUUGGGCUCAGCAAAAACCGAUUUCUAA